AAAUAAUCCUGAUUGCCCUCAGAGAGGCUAGGUUCUUUGAGUACGCACCGGUUCUCUGUGUGGUUUACCUUUCUGUGUUUCAAUGCAUCUUUUAAAGCACUGGAGUGUUCAGUUUGUGCUGAUUUCACUGCUAAUACGGGUCUCACUAGAGGUGCCUAAGCCCAUCCGUUGCUUGCCUUGCACCAACGAAAGGCUGGGUCAUUGCCCACCCAUGGAGAAUUCUUGUGGAGGGGAGCUGGUGAGGGAACCCGGUUGCGGAUGCUGUCAGACGUGUGCACUGGCUUCAGGUCAGCCAUGUGGGGUAUACAGUGCACGCUGCUCUGCGGGGCUCCUCUGUUAUCCGCAGAUAGAGGAAGGCAAACCCCUGCAGGCACUCACCCAGGGACGGGCCAUAUGCAUGGAGCAGGCUGAGGUGGAAAGGAUCCAAGCACUUCAAACAGAACAAGCAGAAGCACAAGAGUCUAAUCUGGAAACCGAGACUCCCACUCCAGCAGGCACAGAUCACGCCCCAGAUCGACCAGCAGGAACUAACCUCAGGCCUAUACCAGCUCCUGACAAAUCUUAUGACAUUCAAAAUUCACCUGAUACAGAGUUCGAAAGAAGAUCCAAACGAAUAAAUCAGAAACCAAGAGAGCCUCAGGUCCAGGGUGCAUGCCAGGCCGAAAUGCAGCGAGCUAUUGCAAGGAUUACUUUGGUUCAACAGCGUGGUAAUGAAGAACUUUACAGGUUUCACAUCCCUAACUGUGACAAAAGAGGACUCUACAACCUAAAACAGUGUGAAUCUUCGCUGGAUGGUCAGCGUGGAAUAUGUUGGUGUGUUUUUCACUGGAAUGGGAAGAGAAUUCCCAAUUCUCCAGAAGUUAGAGGUGAUCCCCAGUGCCAUCGGUACGUGCCUUCAGGACAACAAAAGUAAAGUAACUAAAGUGUCUUAAGAAACUGGUAGCGCCUAGAAUCUUUGAUUUUCUUCCACACACCAGAGCACGGCAUUUGAAGAUGAUAUCUGUAAGGUUGCAGUUAUCUUUGAUGUUAUGUGAGCUAUUUAUUUCCUACUCUGUUUUUUAAAGAUUUCAUUUUCAAAAUAAUGCAAACUAUUACUUUUAGUAUGGGUGUGUAUGUCAACAGUAUAUGUUCAGUCCACUGAAACAAAUCUACUAUUGCCAGGUACACUUUCAAUGCACUACUGGGUAAAUACUGGGUAAAUCAUGGGUAUGAAAAUACAGCUAUUGCAAAUAAUGCAUCAUGAUGAAAGCAGAGUAACUGGGUCCACUGUAAACCUAACAGUGCAGAUUGGUCAAGGUGAUUGGUUACAAGUCUGACAAAAGAUAACUGUUUCCAGGGUAUCAAAAUAGUCCAAUAAAAUGUAAUUGUUGAGUUUGGAAAUCUAUCCUAUACACACAAUUUGCUUUUGUCAAUGUGAAUUCACCAUUACAUCCAUUGCAUCCAAACUUCUUCCUCAAUAUAUGACUAUCCAGCAAGUUUAUUCAAAUGCCUAUGUCAUAAAACAUGUAGAAGGGUGUUUCAAAGGUUAGGUUGUUACAUGUUGGGGUUCAGAUUAGCUUUAUAAACUUUACUCUUUUAGUUUAUGACAUUGUCUGUACUGGAAAUGCUCUGGCCUUCAUCAUAAUCCGUAGACAUCUAUUAUCCUCUGUAUAACAUCUUGCAUAUCCAACAUAGUUUCAGUAAAUCAACUGUAUUUGUUUAAUAAAAAGUGUUUUGAUGUUGAACAGAAAUGUUUUUAAUUAUGGAAUGAAAUGCAAAGAUAGUUGUUCUCUACUAUAAAUCAUACUUUCAGGUUAUUGAGAAUAUUUUUUUAAAAGUGCAAAAUUCCACCCUCAUUCUUAGAGAUUUCUUAUAUUAUUUUCGAACUUUAGUAAUACUGAAAUAGCUAAACUAUUCAAUGCCAAUCCUUUGUACUCCCAACAAUCCUCAGUCACUGCUAAAUGCUAUGUGCGCAAUACCUUUGAGCAUUUUUGUAUUAUUAUUGCUAUAUUAGUAAGAGUCAAAUGAACUUUUGAAAUGGAUUUUCUGAUUUAUUCUUAUCCCCUGAAAAAUCAAUAUUAACUUAAACAAAACCUGCCUGUGCAAAAGAAGAUGUUAGUCUGAAAUUACAUGAUACUGUAUUUCAACAGUGCUCAUCGUAUUAAAGCAGGGCUUGCACUGCAAGUCUCCCAGUGGAGAAUAAUAGAAACAUUUUAAUGCUAAUUAUUCUUUGGAGGCUUAAAAAAAAACUUUAAAUUCAUCUGGGUUAUCUGAAAUAAUCAACCUGUCGCUACAUAGUAAGUUGUCACAAGAUGCAACAAAUUUCACAUCCUUGUUAUUCAGAUAAUAUUCAUCAUCAGCCUCAAGCAUAGUUUCAGCCAAUCAACGUUUGUAUUUGUGUAAUAAAAAUAUUCUGAAUAUCAUCAAGA